AUGGCUAUCAAGGGCCAAGUCGUAGCUGACUUCGUAGCAGAAUUUUCCAGUCUGCCAGAACUGCCAAUUAAGGAGGUUUGGACGUUGGAGAUUAAUCCUGGAAGUACUUGGGGACCUAUGGUAGAUGGCUCAUCAACCAGAAAGGGGAGUGGAUCUGGGGUAGUUCUGACCUCCCUAGAAGGCCUCACCAUUGAGCAGGCUAUCAGGCUGGGGUUCGGCGCAACCAACAACGAGUCUGAGUAUGAAGUGCUAUUAUGUGGGUUACGCAGUGCACUCAAGUUGGGGGUGAAGAGAGUAAAGAUUUCUUUAGACUCGCAGCUGAUAGUCAGUCAACUCACUAGGGAAUAUGCAGCAAAGACUAAGGCGAUGAUUGCCUACCUGACUGAAGUCCCAAGAGGGCAAAAUAGUCAUGCAGACGCCUUGGCAACCUUAGCCUCAGCCAAUCAGAAGAAAGUAAGAAGAACUAUCAUAGUCGAUAUACAGGAGAAAUCGAGUGUACCACCCGAGCAGGUCGAGGUGUCUCAAUUUGAGUUCGGCCCAAGCUGGAUAGAUCCCCUUAUUCAUUUUUUGAAAGAUGGUUCCCGUCUGAAAGACAAGAAAGAAGCUAGGAAGAGAAGAAAGAUCAGUUGUUAUAUGAAAUCCAUAAGGGAAGCUGUGGGUACCAUACUAGAGGCAGGUAGAUGGCUCAGCGGGCAAUCUCACAGGGGUAUUGGUGGCCGUAGAUGCAUGAAGACUCAAAACGAUAUGCCAGAAGCUGUGAGAAGUGUCAGAAGUUCUCAAACAAACCUCGACAGCCGGCUACCUAGGGCGACUAGGGAUAGAAGAUGGCUUAUAACGACUAAAGAUUAUUUUACCAAGUGGAUAGAGGCCAAGCCCCUUGCCAAAAUCAUUGAUUUUGAGACAAAGAAGUUUGUGUGGGAGUCAAUUAUCACAAGGUUUGGCAUUCCCUAUGUUCUGGUGUCAGAUAAUGGUACUCAGUUUGAAAAGCCUUCAGAGACUUUUGUGAUGGGAAAUGGACAAGCUGAGGCAUCCAACAAGAUAGUUCUUGAUGGAUUGAAAAAGAGUCUGGAUUCUGCCAAAGGAAGGUGGGUGGAAGAACUCCUAAGUGUAUUGUGGAGACAACGAACUACCCCUCGAAGGUCAACUGGGCAAACUCCUUCCUCCUUAACUUAUGGGACGGAAGCUGUCAUUCCCCUAGAGAUCGGCCUGUCGACCAUCAGGACAUUGGCACUUGAGAGAGGUGAAAAUGACAAUCCCCUAACUGUCAACCUUGAUCUCCUAGAAGAAAAAAGAGAGCAAGCAGCGUUGAAAUUGGCUUCAUACCAACAUGAGUUGGCAAAAGUACAUGAUAGAAAGGUGAAGGCAAGAAAUUUUCAUCCGGGAGAUCUUGUCCUUAGGAAAGUGUUGGGCAACACCAAGAACCCCAGGAUGUAA